AGUCACUAGCCAGGCUUGGCGUCCAUCAUUCACAGCACAGCUCCUCGACUGACAGAUCUCGUAUACUUACAAGCCAAUAAACAUUAAUGCCCACUUAUAUACGCGGGUACCUUGUGGUACCUUGUACCGUGAUCAUCAUAAAACACGUUCCUUGCCUGUGCAAUUUCUCAGUUGUCCUCCACUAAUGAGUUUCUAUGCUGGUGUUGUGCCCGCAGACGGGCUCUCUGCACAGGCUGACAUAAAUUGGUCCCACCAUCCCCAGUCUUCAAUUAAUGCUGGGGCUCCGUCUGCACCAGCAACCCAGUCCAGUAGUUAUGCAGCACCAGUCACUCCUGCGCAAGCUUAUGCGCGCUCUGUUCUUUCUGCGCAACCUAUUCUGCAAUACACCAUCGAGCGCCAGCAGCCAGAAAAAAACUCUGGUCAACAGCCGGCGCCACUUUUGGAGUCUCCAGCUGGUGCCUCCCCUUCUGCACGCGGUCAAUCGUACGCCCAGCGCCUGUAUGCCAGUGCGCUAGGCAAGCAGCCCCAGGCACAGGCCGCGCUGCAGACCAGCAGCAGGUCUCCCUCUUCUUCUGGACCUGGAGAAUCUCUAGUUUCAGCCAGUGCACGGCCUUCAGCCGCCUCUUAUGGUACAAGAGCAUCUAUCAUACUGAAUACGGGUCAAGACAAUACUAGGCCUCAAGCUGUUUCAGCGUUUGAUUUCUACCAUAGCAGUGUCUCAAAGCUAGGACUUCAGUCAACGGUACCUGAUAGAGGCGGCCGUCCUGCAGGAGCCAGGCGGCCUCAAUCAGCCGUAGGUUCUGCAUCAAUCAUCUCCGUGCCACAUUCUUCGCUUUCCCUUAUAUCUCAGACCACUCAGGCACCUUGUAACCUGCAAGCACGUGGUACGCGUGAUCGAGUUCCGAUGGAACUCUCUAACGUGCCUUUGCCAUCGCCAGCUGGUGAUCCUCCAUGGUCAAACCAGGUGGAGUUGCACAAUGGGACUCCACCCAGUGCAAUGCCUAUGUUGGCAGGCAAUUUGAUGCCACCAGAUCCAGCUCAAAUCCGUCCACAGAGCGUGAGUUCCUACAGCGAAGCCAUAAUUUCACCUCAUGUUCCACCGGAGACUCCCCCAAGAGCGCUUAGUCCAUACUCGGAGGGUCAUUCAGGAGAUUCAGCUCAAGUAGUUGCGAUCUCUUCCAACCCGGAACCUGCGACCCAACGUAGUCACCCCCCGCUUGCACCUAUUCGCACUGGGAGUGAUAGCGGUUCUGAAGAUGUACCGUUAUACUCCCUUGUCGAUGACGAACCUCCUCCCCCAGACUUCAAUGAGUCACAGUCCAUUUGCAGCAUGACCACGGCGAGCACGUAUCACGAUGAAGCACCCAUAGUGCUAGCCCCUCCUGAUGCGCCUUCGCCUACAUCGUAUGAGUUUGAUGAUAUAUCUGGGGCGGUACCUUUGACAGAACCUGUUCCGGGAUCUCUGCAACCCUCGUCGGCUGUGGAAGAAGUACUGUCAUACUCUCUGGGGAAAGCGCCUGUGUUUGUUAAGGAGAACUUGCAUGGUUACUCUGCAGAAGACUUGAUGCCUAGAUUCCCUGAGAAUGUGCCAUCACACUCACAACCUAGAUAUAACGCCACUCCUCAGGACAUACCGUAUCCUCCUGUUUCCCCGGCGGUCUCCACACGCAAUGAUACCUCUGCAAAGGCGGUUUCUAAAACACCAUUGCCCGCUCUUCCGCCGAGACGUGCUGUAGUUUCUGCACCAGCACCCAUCGCAGCUUCUGCCCCUCCGCCCACGCUCCCUAUAGUUCCUCCUCCAUUAAGUUCAAAUUUGUCAGCUGUGAACACGGAUGAAGUUCGAUCGGUCACUUCCUUACCUCCUGGACCUGGUAGCGUCCACCAACCACCGCCUCUUUCUCUGAGAGUCAGAGUAGAGUCCACAUUUCCCCCUUCAUCAGCGUUUAUUCCGCCCUUUACUUCUCCUUCUGCUGGAGCAACUUCGCAGAUGUAUCGUACAGCUUCUCCUUCCCCACCGCUUCCUUCGCCUCCCUUCCCGCAACAUUCUCAGGCCCCAUCGGUGCUCUCCGCAUCAUCAACCGGUACUCAUCCUGCAGAGUUUAUACCCCAGCUACCUCCAGCUGUACCCCCUACACUGUACAAGCCUCCACAGUCUUAUUACCAGUCACCGCGUCAAAGCUUCCAGCCACAAGCCUCGCUGCCACCGCCACCACCGCAACAUCCAAGAGCACAAACUUCACCUACUCAAUCGCCACCACCGCAACAUCCGAGAGCAUACACUUCACCUACUCAACCGCCUCCACAGCAACAUCCAAGAACAUACACUUCACCUACUCAACCGCCUCCACCGCAAGAUAGAGCACAAGCUUCACCUACCCAACCGCCACAAUCUAGCAGGGGACUUGGAACAAACAUCAUGGCAGGUCUAGCAGGAGGCGCUCUUGGUCUACUCGGUGGAGCUGUGCUCGCCGAGGCACUAGGCGGCGACGAUGUUGUAAAUGAUCUCGCUGGAGGUAUGGCUGGGAUGACGUUUGGGGACCCUACGGGAGGUUUGUUGGAUUCCGGUAUGGGUACCGGUGAUCAAAUGCUAGGAAGCGGAUUUGAUCCUACCGCGAUUUUUCAAGGAGACCAGAUGUUCAGUGGCGAUUCCUUCAGCCCAACGUACGACAUGGCUGAUCAGUCCAUGGGGGGUGGAAUAGACCCUGGUCAAGUCCAAGAGACUCAGCAAUGGAAUAUCCCACAGACAUUUGAUGUUUCUCAGUCACAACAGCAACCAACUGACCAAAGCGGCGGCUCGCACUAUCUGCAUGAUGCGGGAAAGAUCCUCCAAGCCGCUUACAAGAUCUAUAACGCGCGUGGCGCGGCUCAGGGGUCUCAAAGUCCACAGACAGCGGCUCCGCUGCAACAAACCCCGAUGUCCGCGGUCUCUGGGACUUCACAUCCUAGUGGCCCUCCUAAUUCGCCACCUUUUGGACACGCACCGAUGUCCUCCACUGGCACGUAUCUAGGAACACAGACAAGUUUCCGCGUCGGCUCCUUUCCAUGGAACAUUUGCCCACUCCUCCACAACUGGCUACCCCAGCCCGACCCAACAGACUGAACAAUCCACGCACCUCACGACACCCCAAACCGCUCAACCUCCCGCUGCCACACCGUUCUCACAAUAUUACUCGUCUGUCAAUCCCGCUUCUCAGCAGCAU